UUAAGCAACACGCAACUCUAUAAUAGUUGGCGACGAGGAUACAGCUACCGAAAAAGUCAAAUUACACAAGUCUAAAGUCAUGUCGUUAAUCGGUGAAAUUGAACCAUUUGUCAUGGGCGAGAUCGUCAGGGAGUACUUGGAACGUAUGGAUAUUUUUCUCCAAGUAAACGAGGUGGAACCAUCGAAGAAGACGAUUAUGUUGCUGACCUUGGGUGGAGCGUCGCUGUAUAGCCUCAUAUCAAAGCUGGUGUUGCCUGAACAGCCAAAAACGGUGAACUAUGAGAAGCUGUGCAUUAAGCUACAAGAGCAACUGGAACAGAAAGUCAACGUAGUAGCGGAACGGUUUAACUUCAGAAACUGUCUGCAAAAAGAUCGGUCGGUUGCAGAGUACAUCGUUGAACUAAAAGCACUCGCACAAUCGUGUAAAUUCACGUGCUGUUUAGCACAAUGCUUGCGAGAUCAACUAGUAGCUGGUGUUCGAGAUGAAGGAUUACGAAAACGUCUUCUACGAGAGUCGGAUUUAACAUUCGAGAGCGCAGAAAAUAUCGCCAGAACGUGGGAAGCUGCAGAUGAACAAAACGAAACGUUUGCAGCGAAGGAGAAACCGAGGGAGAUGGCGGUGAUAAAGUGUGCGCCAAAACGAAGCGUCGGUCCGAAAGUGCACUACUACCGUGGAAGCAGUACACCUAUACAUCAACAGAGCAGUGCGCAUAAGCAGGAGAGCAAGUGUUACAGAUGUGGAAGAGCGCAUAAUCCACAGACAUGUCCUGCGCGUAUGUGGCAGUGUUUCACUUGUAAGAAGUAUGGUCAUGUGUCGUCGUGUUGCCGAAAUACUAACGUGCAUAGUUUGCGAUCGGAAUAUAGGGAUGUGUCACUAACACGCAUAUUCGAUGAUAACGCGAUUAGUAGUCCAGAAGUGUGCGUACUAAAAGUUAAUGAGAAAGACGUUGAGUUUGAGAUAGACUGUGGUGCGUGUAAUACAGUCAUACCGGAGAGUGUGUAUAACGAAAAAUUUGCCAAUAUCGAAUUAGAACAAACACAUUUGCGUUUUAUUACGGCAUCGGGUCAACGUGUAGUACCGUUAGGAAAAAUAUGUGUAAAUGUAAGCACAAAGACUAAAACGGUCAGUCUAGAAAUAACAGUAAUCGCAACUGAAAACAAAGGGAAUCCUCUACUAGGUCGUGAUGCGUUAGACAUAUUAUUUCCUAAUUGGCGAAAAAGUUUUAAUUUAAAUCAAAUUGAUACCGAUAAAUGUCGGGUCGACCCGAACUCGUUGUAUCCGCGGGUCGGAUUUGAUUUCGACUCCGACCUAGCGCACCCGCUGCACCCACGGGUCUGA